AUGGACGAUCCCGCCGACACAUGUUGGAGCUGGCCCCAUUGGAAGUUUGGAUUGAGGAGAGAUGACCUCUUCACCAAGCUCCACGAUCAAUACAACACGGUGCCCCUGCCCCUCCUCGACCCUGUGGCUUUUCACCACGAUGUGGCCGAAAUCUCCAACGAAGCAAGUUCGGCCGACGAGUUCCACAGUCUACUCCGCCAACGCAAGCAACAGCGCAUGCGAGAACUGAAUGAAUGCUUCGAGUCAGCGGCAUUCGAGAUCAUCGCCAACCCUUCUCUAAUCGGUGAAGACCAGUGGCAGCACGCAGUUCAGCUCUUUCGAACCAAGAGUUUUGACUCUCUCGUCCGAUACUUUGCGUGCUAUCUUCCCCCCGACCACCCGUGGUAUAAGGGUUCGUCCUCCUCUUCCGAGGUGGACAGCAGCGUUGACUCGCUUGCGCCCUCCCAAGGCUCUCUCUUUGAUGACGAUGAUGGCGGUCUUGUGCCCAUGACCGACGAGCCCUUUGAGUUCUCGACCGACCUCGACGAUUCGAUACUUCCUCCCUCGCCUCGUUCUAUGACGAUGUGUUCAGAUUCAUCCGUCGAUUCGCCGAUCGAUCAUCAUCGCGACUACGAGACACCAUCACGAACCCUCUCAUACUCCGAGUCCGAACCCGAUUGCUGCGAUCUUGCCGGAUCGAUUUCUCACACACAUCAUGAUGAGCCCAGCCCACGGUCCGAGUCUGCUGACAUGGAGUCGCCAGCGGCUUCCACCGUCGCCGGCACCUCAGCAGCUGAGAGGGGUGGCGUUGAAGCCGAAGCGACCUCGUUCACUGACCGCGUCCGGAAGGCAGUACAACCCUUCGUGGUGGAUAUCGAUAAUGCCGAUAUGGCCACACCAAAAGCAGAAGGGCAGGUCUUCUUUGAUAGGAAGACAACAGCAACAACCCUAUCUCAUCGACGGCACCGCAGUCUCUCUCCAUUACGAUCUCAUCCUCUUGUCGAUCAUGAAGUCGAUGAUUUACUUCAUCGCGAUCCAAGAAGUGCAGCUCAGUGUAUGGGCACAAGGUGGAAGAGGGACUGCAGUCCGGUUCAGCGAAAGCGUAAGGGCCCGGCAGGGUCGCUCACUCGCAUACAAAAGCCAUCGUCAGAUGCCCUUCGGCCAAAGCCAAGAGGACGAAGAUUCUGCGAGAGCUGA